AUGCGACGGCAACAAAAGAAAAUAUCUGUGCAAAGACGAUCAUGUAAUGAAGAUUUGGCCAAUGAACUUUGGCUUGAAAUGUUCGAAUACUUUGAUUACGUCGAUCUUCUGAAGGCAUUUUUUGGUCUCAAUCGACGAACCAAUCAACUUAUUCAAUCUAUUAAAAUUCUUUUAUUGCGUUCAUCAUAUGUAUUGAGACAUCCAAACCGAUCAACAGAUCACGUCCAAAAAUUCGAAUCGAGAAAUUUAAACAAAUUCAGCACUUCCAACGAAUCAUUCAAUAUAAAGAAACGUCUUACAUCUUUCUCAACUCUUCCUUCACUCACUAUUAAUGGUAACUGA